GAACUGCUGUAUGCCAAAGAGGGACUUGACCAGUUUUUGUUUGAAGUUUCUCCCAAGGUAGAAGUGUCUUGACAACCAAGCAAGAAGGUGGAUUAUUUUUAAAACAAUGCUUAGGCAUCUGUAGAGAUGAUUUGUGGUUCAGUCCAGCUGGAGCUGACUGAAUGAAGCUAUGGGCUGUGCGUCAGCCAAGCAUGUUUCUACUGUUCAAAAUGAAGAGGAAGCUCAGAAGGGGAAGAACUACCAGAAUGGAGAUGUAUUUGGUGAUGAGUAUAGGAUCAAACCAGUGGAAGAGGUCAAAUACAUGAAAAAUGGGGGAGAAGAUGAUCAGAAAGUAGCUGCCAGGAACCAGGAAAAUUUGGAAAAAAGUGCCAGUUCAAAUGUAAGACUUAAAUCUAACAAAGAGGUCCCAGGAUUAGUACAUCAACCCAGAGCAAAUCUAGAAAACAGAUAUAAAUGGAAAGAAAUUCAUUUGGGUGAGAGGGACAAUUUGUACCCUUCAACAAGGCACAUGCACAUCUCUGAAAGCCAACAGGAAUUCUUCAGAAUGCUAGAUGAGAAAAUUGAAAAGGGUCGUGAUUACUGUUCAGAAGAGGAGGAUAUCACAUAGUGCCAAUUCUGCCAAUCAAAACAGGAAUACUACUGUGUAAAUAGAUUACAACCCGGUCAAAAUCUUUUGGAAGUCUUCUAGAGUGAGCAGCACUACAUAGCAAAAGAAGAUCAUUUCCACAUUGUAUUCUCCAUUCAGUUACAGCGUUUCUUAAAAAAAACAGACAAGGAAUAUUGCUAAGAACUCGUAUGGAACUGUGUUUGUUGCUGCUAGUUAAAACUUGUUGCAACUUUUCACUUUUCUGUGUCCAGAUAUGCAGGAAAUCCUUAAAUUUAAUCUGAAAGACGCUGUUGAUUUUACUAAGGUUGCUGGCCUAUUUUCUAUUGGAUGAGGUAGUGUUAUACAAAACUUCCAUAACUGAACAGUCAAGCUUCUAAGAAAUCCUCAAGCUGUUUGUCAGUCCACAGAUGGGCUGGAGUGCUUAGUAUUACUGGUGAUUUCAGCCUUUGGAGAUGGGAUGUGUUUUGCCAUGACAGGCCUUGUUUCUCUACUGGGAAGAAGUUGAGAAAUUAUUGUCCGUUAAAAGCAUGUUAUCACACAAAUACUGGAAGUGAUACAGGAGCAGAAAUUUGUAUUUUAAAGGGAAAAAAGUUUCAUUUAAUAGGUAUCUUAAUCAAGGACUAAGCUUUCUGAAUGCGAAUGGAAGUAUGAUCACAAUCAUUUGAAUCCCUUUUUUCUAAGAAAAUAAACAUUUACUG